AGUAACGCUGUAAUGAUUAUGUCACAUCCGUUUCUGGGACGGUUGCUAAGAUACAGGAAGGCUGCGUCUCUGAAAACAUAGAAGGGUUGCAUCUUCAGCUUUCUUAAUUUGACGUUUUUGUUUAUGGGGUAAAGCUACACGUAGCGUUUGUUUUCGACAAUGCCGCUAACAACUAUUAAAGACGGCGAAUACACGGCCACCGUGUACAAAAUGAUCAAAGAAGGGCGAUAUGGAGACGCAAUUCAUAUUCUGAGCAAAGAGCACCAGAAACACACUAAAUCCAGGGCUGCUCUGUCUCUGCUGGGUUACUGCUACUAUCACAUGCAGGACUUCACUAAUGCCGCAGAAUGUUAUGAACAGCUGACACAGCUUCACCCAGAGGUCGAGGACUACAAACUUUACUAUGCUCAGUCUCUGUAUGGAGCGUGUGCCUUCCCAGAGGCCAUGAAAGCCACUUUUCUCUUGGACAGCACAACUAGUCAUACUAAGAUGAUUAAACUGCAAGCUGCCAUCACAUAUGGAGAGGAAGAUUUUUCAGGUGCAAAGACUCUGGUUGAGCAGUUGCCUCAGGACGAUCCAGACUAUGAUGUAGAUCUCGGGUGUUUGCUUUAUAAGGAGGGCGAGUAUGAAGAGGCUUGCAAAAAGUUUACGUCCUCCAUGAAUGUACUGGGCUACCAGCCAGAUCUGGCCUACAAUAUAGCACUUUGUUACUACAGUUUAAAGCAGUACGCUUCAGCACUCAAAUAUAUUGCAGAAAUUAUUGAACGUGGAAUCAGAGAGCAUCCAGAGCUCAGUAUUGGAAUGACAACAGAAGGCAUUGAUGUAAGAAGUGUCGGCAACACCCUCGUCCUGCACGAAACUGCUUUGAUUGAAGCCUUUAAUCUGAAAGCAGCUAUUGAAUACCAGCUGAAGAACUAUGCUGCCGCACAGGAAGCACUGACUGAUAUGCCCCCCAGAUCAGAAGAGGAGCUAGAUCCAGUCACUCUUCACAACCAGGCCCUAAUGAACAUGGACACCAAGCCCACAGAGGGUUUUGAGAAACUUGCUUUUCUCCUUCAGCAAAACCCCUUUCCUCCUGUCACUUUUGGCAACUUACUAUUGCUUUAUUGUAAACAUGAGUACUUUGACCUUGCUGCAGAUGUCUUGGCUGAAAAUGCUCAUCUCACUUACAAGUUUCUCACACCGUACCUCUAUGAGUUCCUGGAUGCCAUUAUCACAUGUCAGACAGCACCUGAGGAAGCUUUCCGAAAAUUUGAUGAAAUUGCUGGAAAACUGACUGAGCAACUGCGCAAGGUUACGAAACAGGUGCAGGAAGCAAGGCACAAUCGGGAUGAUGAAUCUCUAAAAAAAUAUGUCCAAGACUAUGACGAGGUUCUUGAGAGGUACAUCCCUGUACUAAUGGCACAGGCCAAAGUCUACUGGAACCGUGAGAACUACAGCAUGGUGGAAAAGAUCUUCCAUAAGUCACUGGAGUUCUGUAAUGAGCACGACACUUGGAAACUUAAUGUUGCUCAUGUGCUCUUCAUGCAAGACAACAAAUAUAAAGAAGCCAUUGGCUUCUAUGAGCCCAUCGUUAAGAAGCAUUAUGAGAAUAUCCUUAACGUCAGUGCGAUUGUCCUUGCUAACCUGUGCGUGUCAUACAUCAUGACCAGCCAAAAUGAAGAGGCAGAGGAACUGAUGAGGAAGAUAGAGAAAGAAGAGGAGCAAAUCUCGUAUGAUGAUCCAGACAAAAAAAUCUUUCAUCUGUGUAUUGUCAACCUUGUAAUAGGGACUUUGUAUUGUGCUAAAGGGAACUAUGACUUUGGCAUUUCUCGUGUCAUAAAAAGCCUUGAGCCUUACAACAAAAAGCUUGGAACAGACACGUGGUUCUAUGCUAAGAGAUGUUUUCUGUCACUGCUGGAAAACAUGGCCAAGCACAUGAUCAUGCUCAGGGAUUCAGUGGUGCAAGAGUGUAUUCAGUUCCUAGAGCACUGUGAAUUGUAUGGAAAAGAUGUGCCUGCCAUCAUAGAGCAGCCUCUGGAGGAGGACCGCAUGCACAUUGGCAAGAACACGGUCACGUAUGAAUCACGCCUGAUAAAAGCUCUCUUCCAUGAAGUCACAGGGUGGAAUGAGUAAUCAUUCAACUUCAUAUAGCUAUAUCAGAACAAGAUAUUGGGCAAAUAUUCACCACAGACCACAGUCUUCUGACUGGUGUUUUACACUGAUUUCAUGGAUGGAUGGAGGUCUGACUAAUAAAAGACAUCUCAACGUG